CAAAAAAUUUUAAUCGUGAAACAAUUUCAGAACGUUUUGAAAAAAGUAUUAAUCGUCAAUCAUCAAAACCAUUUUCAAUAUUUUAUAAUCGUUUAAGUGAUAAUCAAAAAUUUGUUGAACAAUAUAAUCCAUUGAAAUGCCAAAACUCGAAAGAAGUUGAUCCAUUCGUAAGAUUUCUUGUCCGUGUUCGUGAAGAUAAAAAUAUGAGCAACUUUAUGAACAAUUAUAAUGAUAUCGUUAUGAAUAAAUCAAAAUUUUGUCCAAAUUCAACAUCAAAAAACACUAAUAAUAGCCAAAUUCCAACAACAAUACAGAUAAAUCGUCGAACAACGACGUCCAAUGCAUCAUCAUCAUCACCACGUAUAACAAGACCAACAUCAGCUACAUCAACAUUAUUAAAUAUGGUUAAUCAAACGGAUUUUAAUCCACUUAAAUAUCAAAUGUCAACAGCUGAACAAUCAUCAAAUAAUUUGGUAAAAUCAAAAACAAUUGGAGCGAUGAGAUCGAUAGCAGGAAAAAGUCCAUUAAGAUCAUUACAAACACCAUCAAAAUUUAAUCAUAAUAAUAAUAAUAAUCCAACACUUUUAGCAUCACCAUUGACCACUACUGUCAAUGUUGAUAACAGUGGACAAAAAAAUAAUGGUCAAGAUGAUAUGAAUGAUAUAUCAUUUGCAUCACAAACAUCAACAGCAACAACAACGACAACAUUGAAUUUGAAAAAAUCCUCAAAUCAUCAACAACAUCAUCAUAAUAAUAAUAAUCAAAAUCAAAAUCGUAAAGUACCACCAUAUUUAUCAAGAGAUUUUCAUCCAUGUGAUUGGCCAAAAGAAAAUGAUUGUUUUAAUACUAUUGGACAAUAUCCUGUACAGGAACAAGAACAACUUUUACUCAGGGAUUUACUUUUUGUUCUUAUUGGUAUUGAAGGACGUUUUAUACGUUUAUUACGAUCACAAGAUUCAAGUCAUUAUAAAUUAAUGUUAGAUCCAAGUACUGAUCAUUUUUUUGCCGUUACAACACAAAGAAUAUUGAAAAUUUGUUAUCAUUAUUCAACAAUAAUUAGUUUUGUUGAAUCACGUGUUUAUGGUCUGGUUAAUCAAGCAUUAGUUGCUAGUAUUCAUCAACAUCUUUAUGAUUAUAAUAUGACUAUUUGUCAAAUGGAAGAUUCAUUAAUGAAAAAUGAUUUAUUUUUACAGAAAAUGUUUUUCAUAUUAUUACCUUAUUUUUCAACAUUUGCUUUAUUGAAAGAAAUUUGUGCCAAACUUUAUAAAAACAAAAGUGUCGGUGGUUCGGUAUUAACAUUGUUACAUGAAAAAACUAAAUCCAUACAAGGAAUGGAUAAUAAUGCACUGGAACUUUGUUUAACAUUAACCAAAUCGGCAGCCAUACCUUAUUUUGAUAUAAUGAAAACAUGGAUUUAUUAUGGUGAAAUUGGUGAUCCACGUAAAGAAUUUUUUAUUGAAGAUACACAUAGCCAACAAAGUAUUGGUGUAAUUGGUAAUUAUUAUAACAAUAAUAAUAAUCCAAAUGGUGAACGAUUGACAACGGAUAAUAUUAAUAGUAGUAAUAAUAAUAUUCAAUCACAAAAUCAAUCACAUCAACAAAAUGAUCAAGAUCUUGUUGAAUCUGAUGAUGAAUAUGAUGAUGAUUUUGGUAAAUUUAAUGAUAAAUACUGGGAUGUACGUUAUCGAAUAAAUUCAUCAAAAACACCAUGUUUUCUUCGUAAAUAUGAACAAGUUAUUUAUAAAACUGGUAAAUAUGUAUCGAUAAUUAAUAAAGUAAAACAAUUGUUCCUGAAAUCUUCUAAAGUCAUUCCGAUACCUCAAUCGAUAUUCCAACAACAACAACAACAACAACAGUUACAACAACAAUUGCAUAAUCAAGGUGCGACAACAACUGUAGGCAGUAGUAUUCUACAAAGUGAUUCAGUAUCAUCUUUUGUGCCAAAACAAUAUGGAACAAAUACGAAUAGUCCAUUUAUGUUUAUGAAUAAUCCGAAUGUAAAUAAUCAUAAUUAUUAUGGUCAUAAUAAUCAUCCUUCGACAAAUCCAAUGAUGGCCGAUAAUACAUCAUUUGCUUAUUCAAUGGCUUCAUCAUCAUCAUCGAAUGCAUCAAGUAGUGGUGGUGGUGGUGGUGGUCGUGUUAAUACACCCAUACAACCUGCAAAUACAAUGGCAGCCAUUUUUACACCAAAACCUGAAGAAAUUUAUUAUUCAUUUGAUGAAUCUACUUAUUUAACACCGAUACAAUCGGCUUAUGAAGAAGCCAGUUCACAAUUAUUACAUAUCCUUGUUCAUGAAUCACAAUUAGUUGAAACAUUUAAUGCUGUACGACAUUAUAUGCUUUUAUCGAUGGGUGAUUUUAUCGUACAUUUUAUGAAAUUUGCAUCAAAAGAUCUUUGUAAACGUACUGAUUCUGUUGUUCAACAUCGUUUAGAUUCAAUGAUGGGUAUGGCAUUAGGUAUAUCGGUUUGUCAUUCUGAUCGACAAUAUCUAAAAGAUGAUCCACAUGUUGAAUUUGUGGGAAAAUCUUUUCUAAAACAAAUCUAUCAAAUAAUGAAACCAUUCGCCACUCAAGAAGAUAAUUCUUUUAGUACAUCAUUUGUAAAUGAUCCAUCACCAUCAUCAUCAUAUUUACUUCGUUGUGAUGAAGAUGCCGAUGAUGAUGAUGAUAAUGAUGUAGCAUUAAAUCGUUCGAUUAUAAGUUCAGUGAUUGAAGAUCAAGAUUUUAAUGCUACCGCUGAUUCAAUCGAUUCGAUUAUUCGUCGACCACCAAAAUAUUUGAAUAAUAAAAAUACAAAUUCACCUAAAUCCAAAUCAUUGGAUAAUAAAUCUAUUGGUGGUGGUGGUGGUGGUUCAACAUUGAAGAAAAAACCAAUAACAAUGUUGGAAACAAAUCAUCCAUGUGAAUCAUCAAAAUUAUUUUGUUACGAAUCAUUAAUGCUCAAAUUUGAUGUACCAUUCCCAUUAUCAUUGAUUUUUACACAGAAAUCUGUUGUUUGUUAUGAAUUACUUUUUCGUUAUAUAUUUCUAUGUCGUUAUGCUGAAAUGGAAUUGGAAGAAACAUGGAAAGAUAAUAUACUUAAUGUACAAUUGAAACGUUGUGAUACGUUAAGUUUAUUGAAUCAAUUGACCAAUAAUGGUACGGAUCAACAACAACAAGAUCAAACAAAACAAGCACGAUUAUUGGCCAAAUCAUUUAAAUCGAUACAUAAAAAAGCAUUUGCAUUACGUUAUAAAAUGAUUGCUUUUGUACGAAAUUUUCAUUAUUUUUAUGCAUUCGAAGUAAUCGAUCCAUCAUUUUCACAAUUCAUCAGUCAGAUUACUAAACGUGGUUCAAGUCUUGAUUCAGUAAUUGAAUGUCAUGAAAAAUUUCUUGAACAUUGUUUUAGUAGUUGUUUUUUAACAUCAUUAGAAAUUACAACCAUUAUUAUUAAAAUCUUUACACUUUGUAUUGAAUUAUCUCAUUUAUUAAAAGAUUCAAUCGAUGCUGAAGAUCAAUCAACAAUGAUGGAAAGUAGUUGUUUUUUUGGUCAACAAUCUUCAAGUAGUCAAUCAUCAUAUCCAAAACAAACAACAGGAAUUAGUAAAAAUCUUGCAAAAGAAUUUGAUUCAGCUGCCAAUUCUGAAGAUGAAGAUUUAAUACAGGAAAAAUUGAAUCGAAUUUAUUUUUCCAAUCGAAUAUUUGGCGGUUUAUCAAAUCAUCAAAACAAAGGAUUAGGACAAGCUAGUGGAUCUUACACAAUCAAAGAAAUCAUUGAUAAAGCAAACACUGAAUUUGAUUCAUUAGUUAGUCAACUAUUGAAAAAGAUUUAUUCAGAUAAUUGUGAAUAUCAUAUGAUGUUUCCAUUUGUUGCAAGAUUGGAUUAUAACGAUUUUUAUCGAUUCCAAAUAAUGGAUUUAAAAAAUAGCUCAUUUGUGUCAUAAAUUGUUUUUUAUUAUUAAUGUGUCUUUAAAAACGAAAAAAAAAUAUUCAUCAAAAUUUUUGUUCAUU